UCUAUAUGUUUUGUUUUUUCAUGUCCGUGCGGCGCUUCCGGGCUAGGUGGUUUCUCUUCCGGUUUGUCAUAAUGGGUAUCGACAUUAACCACAAGCACGAUAGAAAGGUCCGACGAACGGAGCCGAAAUCACAAGAUGUUUAUUUACGACUUCUUGUAAAACUGUAUCGAUUUUUGGCACGUAGAACCAAUGCAAAAUUCAACCAAAUAAUUCUGAAACGUCUAUUUAUGAGCAAGAUUCAUCGGCCUCCAAUUUCUUUAGCCCGUAUAGUCCGAUUUAUGAAGAAGACUGGCCGCGAAAACUCCAUUGCAGUAGUCGUUGGAACUGUUACAGAUGAUGCGAGAAUUUUUGAAGUUCCAAAAUUAACGGUUUGUGCACUACGUAUUACUGAAAAGGCUAGAGGCCGUAUCUUGAAGGCUGGUGGUGAAAUCAUUACUUUUGAUCAACUGGCUCUUCGUUCUCCCACUGGAAAGAAAACAGUUUUGAUGCAAGGUCGACGUAAUGCACGCGAAGCUGUGAAACACUUUGGUCCAGCACCAGGUGUUCCACACUCGCAUACCAAACCUUUGGUACUUUCAAAAGGAAGGAAAUUUGAGAGAGCUAGAGGCCGUAGGCGUAGCUGUGGUUAUAAGAAAUAAAUUUUUAAUAUAUCUCGUCA